UUGCGCCUCUUGAUGUCGCGACGGCGCUCUGAGGAGGGAUUGGGCAAGGCUGGUCCCUGUGUGAUGAGACAUCACCCUCCCAGGAGCAAGGCGGAAGUCAGAGGACGCCGAGGGGCGGAGGCGGGAGAGGCGAGCUCGCGAUGAGUGGUCUCGGCAGGCUCUUCGGGAAGGGGAAGAAGGAGAAAGGGCCAACCCCUGAAGAAGCAAUACAGAAACUGAAGGAGACAGAGAAGAUACUGAUCAAGAAACAGGAAUUUUUGGAGCAGAAGAUUCAACAGGAGCUACAAACAGCCAAGAAGUAUGGGACCAAGAAUAAGAGAGCUGCCCUACAGGCUUUGCGGAGGAAGAAAAGAUUCGAACAGCAGCUGGCACAAACUGAUGGGACAUUAUCCACCCUGGAGUUUCAGCGUGAGGCCAUUGAGAAUGCCACUACCAAUGCAGAAGUCCUUCGUACCAUGGAGCUUGCUGCCCAAAGCAUGAAGAAGGCCUACCAGGACAUGGACAUUGACAAGGUAGAUGAACUGAUGACUGACAUCACGGAACAACAGGAGUUGGCCCAGCAGAUCUCAGAUGCCAUUUCUCGGCCUAUAGGCUUUGGAGAUGAUGUGGAUGAGGAUGAACUGCUGGAGGAGCUAGAGGAGCUGGAGCAGGAGGAAUUGGCCCAGGAGUUGUUAAAUGUGGGCGACAAGGAGGAAGAACCCCCAGUCAAAUUGCCUAGUGUACCUUCUGCUCAUCUGCCGGCAGGGCCAGCUCCCAAAGUGGAUGAAGAUGAAGAAGCACUAAAGCAGUUGGCUGAGUGGGUAUCCUGAUAAAUCUGGGCUUGUCUUCCUAAUGCUACCUUUGUUGGUCCUUUUUUCCUGAAGUGCCAAGUGCUGAGCUAAAGGAGGAUAACUUUUUGGGGAAGUCAUGCUGAGGGUGGUAGUGUGACCCUGCCUGAAAAAAGAGUCUCUCACCCUCCCAGCCCUGGCUCAACUCUGAAGAAGGAUCUUGCUACAGAAGGAACCCUUGGGCUCCCUUCUCUUUGAUAGCAGUUAUAAUGCCCUUGUUCCCAAUAAAACUGGGCAGAUGGAA